AUGUUUCACAGGCUGUGUGGAACAAGGAGAAGGUUCGCCUGUGCAAGACUAGAUGCGGUAGGAUGCAGGGGCCCAUCUCAUGAUGAUAUUCCCGAUAUUGUGGCAGACUACCUGUCACAAGUUGGCUUCCUACAUGUCGCACGCAUGCGACAUAUUCAAAUUAAUCCCAUGUUGAUCAGUGCUCUGGUGAAGUGGUGGAGACUAGAGACACAUACCUUCCACAUGACCCAGGGCGAGAUAACCAUCACGUUGCAGGAUGUUGCAGCUAUAUUGGGUUUGCCGACUGAUGGGAGAGUGGACGUGUUUGGUCAUGCUCUCGUCGAGGUAGAGCUCCCUUUUGGGGAUGUGAAGCUUUCGUACUUAGAUAGACUCUAUCUGUAUUGGGGUGCAGCUGCUGCGCAUCAUGAGCAGGUUAAAUUUUUUACUAAGGUGCACAUUGCGCGUAUGUUAGGGUCAUGGCUCCUUUGUGACAGAUCGGUAGGUAGCGUCGUUGCAUGUCGCUAUAUUGAAUUGCUUGCAGGAGAUUUUGGAGAGAUUAGACAGUACAGUUGGGGGUCUGCUGUUCUUGCACAUUUGUUUAGAGAGUUGUGCGAGCUUAUUGACCCACACAGAUCAGACAUGGAUGGGUGUCAUAUUAUACUUCAGAUAUGGGUGUGGCUCAGAUUUUCACCUAUUGCUCCCCCUCUUCCUCAACCUACUUAUCCGGAGUGGCACUACGGGCAUCGGUUUAAUGGUUUAGCCCGCUUUAAACCACAACAACAACUUUUAUAUCGAGGGACUCUAGACACACUAUGCAGGGACGAGGUGGUUUGGCAGCCAUACGGCGACUAUCAUUUCUAG